GCAAGCAUCCACGCCGUCGAUCAACGCCAAGACAAUACGGCCUGACGACAACGGCGUCUAACACGUCACUGUCUGCUAUCUCGCCCAUAACUCCAGGUACUCAGUGUUGAACAGCGCCACCAUUGUGCUCUUGAAUUCAGCGAUCCUAUGCGUUAUUCUAUAGACGAGAUUUCGCCGGGUUGAAUAUUGAUCCAUGGGAACUGACCCUGGGGAGUCCUAGCUGUUUGUUGACACCGACGCAGAUGUUCGGAGAAUAGACAUAGUCCUCCAGGGAAGGUCGUUAAGCAAUCUUUAUAAUGUUUCAUUCAUCUAAACCUUACUCCGCUGUGACUGCGCAGAUCGAAGUCCUCACCAGUGAACAAUAUGAGGUCGAGGACUCCAGCGGGAUCGUUGAUCUUAUCGAGGUCGUGCGCAUACAGGACACUGGCCCGACUGAAGCAAGCCGUGCCUUGCGCAAGAAACUCAAAUAUGGAAAUCUCCACCGUCAACUAAGAUCACUCACUAUUCUUGACUUUUUGAUCCAAAACACAGGGGAUCGUUUCUUGCGAGAAUUCGCAGAUGAGAUGCUGCUGGAACGACUGCGGAUCGCUGCUACAGAUCCUGUUUCUGAUCCCUUGGUGAAGCAAAAGUGCAAGCAGCUCUUUGGACAAUGGGCAGUGUCCUACAAGACCACUCCUGGCAUGGAAAGGGUGGCGGGUCUUUACAGGCAGCUGCCGAAACGCAAACAACCCGCUAGUCAAGCCAAGGCCAAGGUUCUUCGGGAGUCUGGCACUUCUGAUGAGCCCCCGAUGGGCCACACUGUUUCCAUUUCUGCCGGUAAUGGGCCAUCGACUGUUGUCGGUGGAUCCAAGAGCAAAAGUAAAGCUAAGAAGAAGGAGAAAGAAAAGGAAAAGGAGAAGGAGAGGGAGAGGAAGUUUCGUGAGAGAUCCUUCAACUUGGAGAAAGAAAAACCAGAGAUUCUACAGACCCUGGCCUCUUCUUCCGUCGCCAGUACCAAUCUUCUGAAUGCACUUAAACUUGUCAACCGCGAGACUCACCGGGUGAGUGAAGAUGCUGAGGUUCUCAACCGGUUUGAGACUUGCAAGCAGCUUAGGCGUCAAAUUCUUCGAUAUAUUCAGCACGUGGAGAGUGAGGAAUUCCUGGGCAGCCUUAUCCACUCCAAUGAAGAGCUUGUCACGGCUCUCAUGGCAUUCGAAGUCCUGGACAAGAGCGUUGAUUACGACAGCGACAGUGACCAGGAUGUUCUUGAAUCUGGCUGGAAUCCCGACAAAUAUGAUGUGCAAGAGUCAUUUGCGGGGCUCAGUGUUAAUCCUCCUAAGCCGCCACGUCCUCCUAGGCCUAUGAGCUUAUCAGUUCCUUCGUCUUCACAUCGCGUUAUUCCUCACGACGACGACAGUGAUACCGAGACAGAGUCGGACACGGAAUCAGACGAUGAUGACGAAAACAAUCCUUUUGGCGAUCGAAAUGCCAUCUGUACACCUAGAAUUGGGACAUCUGGUCCUACUUGGAGGGAGGUUUGAAAUCUGAAGCAGCCCAAUUGAAGUGCAGCUGCAGAUUACGUGUUGAGCACAGUCGAAUCAGCAUAGGCAUAGUGCGUUAUUCUGGGAAAUGCAUUAUCUCUUUAUUUUCUUUGUUAUAUGUUUGGAGCAAGCGUCUGAGAUAGACAUAACUCACCGUUAUUCUUCACCGGAUGGAGGUUGAUGUAGAAUGAUAUGGACUGGCGCCUCUGGAAUGGAUGGCUGAGGGUUUGCUAUGUUAGGGUAUGUUUUCCAGCGACGUAUGAUUUGAAUAAACCACAUGACCUUGUAACAUAUCACCAGCAUUGUAUACUAGUCAGUGGAUUGGUGAGCGUAGAUCCAUAGAUCAUGUAGGAUAGACCACAACCACAGUUAACAAUACUGGCUGAAACCGGAUAUAAGACGAUAAAUCCACUAGAC